AUGUAUCCAAAUAUCAGUGUGACAAACUGGGGAGACAUCCGGGCUGAUUUUGGAUGGCCAUAUGUAUCUGAUAUAGAUUUUCGAUUGAUACAAGAUAUGGUCAACAAGGCUUAUGAAGAAUAUGGUAGAAGAACAACGAUUAAUGUUGUUGAUGAAAAUUUAUAUCCCAGAGCUUUUGGUAAAAACAAGGAUAACAUUGUUGGAGAUACAAGAAUAUUACUUGAACUAAUUAGAACGUAG